AUGCUUUACGGCAGCGUCGGACACAUUUUGAAGGCUAGCUCAACGUCAAUCGAUUCUGACCAUACUCACCUUUGCAUAUAUACAAAAGAGGCGGGAAACUCCUCCGGGUUUCAGAAGCUUGAAGAGAAGCUGCUCGAGGACACUUUGCUUCACGCCAGCCUCGCUCGGAAAUUACUUUGGAUGAAAUGGAUAACUGCGGUUGAACAAGUUAACUGUCAUUAUAAGAUCGAUUUCUGGCUUUGGUAG